ACGCGCGAAGGAAAGCUGCGGCCAUCUUGUUUUGUGGUCUCGUUUGCACUUUCUUGUUUCUUCGGCGAAAUGGCCGGAGACGGUGCAGUAGACAUCGAUUUGUACGCUCAAGUAGAUGAAUUUGAGCCCGACGUUACUGGCCAGGUAAUAUUUUGGUCAUUAUAUGACAAAGAGAGAAUCUGUUUUCUUUUAACUGUGCUGCAGUAAGAAUAUUGAAACUUGACCUGUUUGUCGCCGUUGCUAGAAAUAUUGCUGUGUUGUGGCGUUUAUGUAACGUUAGCAAUAUCCAAAGACUUACUUAGAAGUCUAUACAGGGCCUUGUUUUUCCUUCCCAAGUGCAGUAUUUACCAAGCUGUAAGCAACAUAUCGAUGAGCGUGCAUUACUGAAUGCAGUAUAAAGCUAAGAGAAUUGAAAAGAGUCUUGGAUUGUACUUUUCUGAUUCUGCGCGAAAAGUCGUAAACUUGAUGGCAAGGAAGAGAAAUAAAUUCAGUAUAUUGAAUGCGUAACAUAAAGCCUUCGGAACAAGAUUGCAAGGCCCUAUUGUAAGGUCUUAAACAGAAGUGGCUAGUCAUAAAGAGUGUUGUUAGAACAAGAAAGGUUUUUAGUCAUAUAAGUGUAAGACAGACAUAAGAGAGACAUACAAGGGCUUAACUGCAGAAUACCCAGCGAUUUCGAAGCCAUACUCAUAUAACAGUGGCUACAUGGCUACAGGGCUACGUAGAAUACCCGGCCACUUCGAAGCUAUUACCCCUCACGUAGCCAUGUAGCCGCAUACCCCAGGGGUUUGGGUUAUGGUUGGGGUUAGGGUUAGUGUUGGGAUAAGCGUCAGUGUUUGGGUUAGCUGCGUAACCACGUAGAAGCAUAGCCCCGUAGCCCCAUGGCCGUGUAACUGCAUUGCCCCGUAACCACCUAGCUGCGAAGCCGCGUAGCCAUUCUUAUAGGAGUAUAUCUUCGAAAUGGCCGGGUAUUCUGCUGUUACUCCCAUUAAAGUAUAACUUUCAAUGAACAAGUAAAGUUAUAUAUUUAUUGGCUCAGUGGCUCGUCACUCAAGGUUAGGGUCUCAAAAAACAAGAUAGGUAUAUAUUUUAGUGGCUGGGCUGCUCGUUGGCUUGUCAAUGACUGGCGAGCCUCCUAGCCAUCCCAAAAAAUCAUUCCUAGAAAAUUGGCCCUGUAUUCUGUAGUUAUGCCCCUUCUGGUCUUUCUAUUAGCAUCAUAUGGCUGAAGGGUUGGAUCUAUAUGAUGAUGUACUAACCACAGGUGCAGAAAUGCCAGUGGGACCUGAAGAUGAAGUAUUACAAGUGCAGGUAAGAACACAGUCUGACAAACAUGUAAGCUGCAGAAAUAAUUUGUUGUUUCUGAACUGGUCUAAUAAUAAUAAUUUGCAAAAAAGGAAUGGUAAAUGGUCUUUUAUGUACAUUUUCUCAUUUUGGGAAAAUAAAUUUGCACAAACAUUACCAAGUUAUGGUCUUCCAGGUAAGUAAAAUACCUUAACUGGCCUUUAUUUUAAAUGGAUGGAAUACAGGGUUGCAUCUAAGGAAAAACCAUGCAGGCCUUUUUAUUAUUCAAGCCAGCUUCUUUACAAAACUGCACUGUUAAAAUUACAUACAGCAAAGGAAACAAUUUAACCAAACAAUAAAGCCCCUGGAGAACUCUGUUGUUUGGUUUCUUUGUUACUUUUGUGAUGAUGGUACCUGCAGAAAGACCCAAAAUUACCCCAUGUCCCUGCUUUCCAGAGUCAUUUGAGUCAGUGGUAAGGUCUUUUUUAGCUGGUGAAAUUAGCCUGCUGCCUCCUCUUAACGACAUCCCUGGUAAUAUGUAUCAAACUUGUAAUACAUUGUUUGACGUGACAUCCAGACACUAAGAAGGGGAUUGAAAAAUGAGGCAAAGCCAAGUUUUGUAACACUGAGUUUGAGGUUUCUGGGAAUCCGAUGAAACACUGAGCAAUGUGUUUGAUAUACCUUCAAGACUGACAAACAAUUUUUGAAGAAAUGGAAAGUUAAAGUUCACAAAAUUUUGAGGAAUUAUCCAAACUUCUGUCAUGGUAGUGAUCAUCCUUUGUUAAAUCUUUUCAUGAAUUAUUGAUGAGUUUAGAUAGUACUAUGAAAGACAGCAGGUCUUAGUACAUACCUUACCUUGGCUUACUGCAAACUGACUCAACACACCACAGAAAUGGCGUGAUUGUUAUACUUCAGAUUUUCUUUGCUUUUGCGUCAUGAAUUAUUGUUGAGUUUGAGAUAAUACUAAGAAACACAGAAGAUCUUUUGUAUGUAUCUUGCCUCGGCUUACUGCAAAGUGACACAACACAUGCACUGUAUCAUGAAUUGUCAGACGUUAGAACUUAUGUCUUCAACAGAACUGGGUGUCAAAAGCUGUCAAUGUCCAGCGUGUUCAUUAGGCAUCGGAGAUUGGAUAAUUCUCCGUUUACUAUGCAUAAUUCUCUGGCAAAUGUUCAUUCACCUAUCAUUGACUAUUUUAUAUUCGGACGUGGAACGUCUGUCAAAAUAUUAUCCUGUAACAUUACACCUUUCUCCUGCUACUGGAAUUUUUAUUGAAAACUGUGAGUGUUAUUUUUAAAAAAAACAAGUCAGUAACAAUUUCCAUCAUCUAUACUCUUAUCAACCAUAAGUUUGAGUUUCCUACUUUUGAUGCCCACUAGUGUUUUUGUUUGGUAUGUGCAUUUACCAUUGUAAUAGCACAACUGCCAUAGUCCACUGUCAAGAGAAAGCAUAAUAGUUGAUAGAACUAUUCUUGGGUUGGUUCAUUAUUUUGAAAUUUUUUUUUUUCAGUAUGGGGAGGAAGUUACUGGUGAAGUUCUACCUGAACAUGAGGCAGCCCAGUCAGGUAUUAACACUAAGAAAUAAUUUAUUUGUCAUUAUUAUUUUCUCUCCAGGGACUCACCUGAUUUCUUUCCAGGCCCGCCGGUAUGAAAUCAGAAUCUAUAAGAAGGUGGUGUGGUUUUUAAUAAAAGAUAUUGCUGUGAACAAAAUGUUAAUUUUAUAGGUUUGUGUCUUUAUAGUUUUCAGACACAUCAUACAAAGAUUCUCUGAUUAUUUCAUGGCAAAUAUUUUUUGUCUUUAAUUGUUGGAUAAACAAGUGUUUUCAUUUUACGUUUAUUUAAUUUAUUACUUAUUUUAUUUAUGUAGGUAUUUACUUAUUUAUUUAAUAUUAUUAUGUACAUCCUCUGUCACUACAUUAUUAUUUGUUUAUUUUUGUCAAAAGAUGUUAUAAUCACAUAGUUUGUUGUAGACAUUACAUAACAAAGCUUUAAUGCUCUCUUUGUUGAAGGAGCAUACGAGUACAAGUCUUAUACAACGGUCCAUCCCAAAUCUGCAGCAGCCAGAUCUUCAAACACCUAUUAUGAAAGAAACAAAGGAAAGCCUUUGUACGUGGGCAACUUGACAUGGGUAAGUUUGCACAACACUAGUAUUGCCCCGCAUCAGUUUGUUUUUUAAGAGAGCCCAGUGCUCUGAAACUGUGAAAUUCAGAGUGCCCAGCUUGUAUCCUUUUUUAUGAAAAACUGAGAUUCCCUAGUCACCUAAGAGCGAGAGUAAGAAACGAAACGUCCCCAGCAGCGAAGAGCGAAGGAGAAACGGAUGCUUUCACAGGCUAGAGGCCACCAAGGACUGCUGCAACUCAGCCCGGAACUACUGAGGUUUGAAUCCUGAACUUGGCAUCAUUGUGUGAAAUCAGCCUUCAAUUUUGAAGUCAGAACUCUGAGUUUACGACCAAACUAAUGGCCACAACAAGUUCUAAACAACUGAAGAUUUCCAUAAUGACAGGUUUUACUUGUGUUCAUCUAAUCUGUUCUCUUUGUACAUGCACCAAAAGGCACAUGCUGCUUGACACUCAACUUUUCCAUUAUCAGAUUCCACUCCUUUUGAGGGAAGAUGUGAUUUUUGUCAUUUAAUGCGGUGUAGCAGGCUUUUUUCAUGUCUUCAACCCCUUAAAUGGGGGAGGUAUUUUUCAUUGCAUUUGCUACUUCUUUUCUAUCCAAGUGAAGUAAUCAAGUUAAUAAUAUCAUUACUUUGUGUUAUUGCUUAUGUUUUUUAGUGGACAAAUGAUCAAGAACUGACAGAAGCCCUUCAAGAGUGCGGUGUAACAGACCUGAUAAAUAUCAAGUUCUUUGAGAACAGAACCAAUGGCCAAUCUAAAGGGUGAGUUGAAAUGUCAGAAAGUAUUUAUUUUUAAACUUAAGUAAUGACAUUCGGUGUGGUUAAGACCAUCCUCAACCAUUAAUUUUGUGUUCUUUGCAUCAAUGUUCUUUUAGUUUUAUGCUCAUGAAUUAAUCAUAUAUUAUGUGCUACUUAUUUAAGGACAUUAGACAAUACAUAAUUUGAACUUUUUCUGAGUUUUUGUUUGUGAAAGUGAUCGACUGGUAAGAUUGACUGACAGAGUUUGUGGUCUUUCAUGAUAAAUUUUGCAACACUUCUUCGAUUGCUAUGUAGUACUUUCAAUAGCAUUGCUUUUGUGUCAAUGCUGAAAACCCUUCUGAUACAACCCUUUUGUGUUUUCAGCCAAUCCUGCUGUUUGAGUUUAGAUACAAUGCACUCUUUGGUUUACCCACUUAACCAAAAGAAAAUAUCAUGAGCUUUAUAUUGUCUAAAUUAACUCAAGCUGUUAUUAUUACUUACAAAUUUCUCAGUCCUUCACUGCCCACCAUUUUUUUAGUAAUCUGCUAUCUACACAAAACAUUUUUUUUGGCUUUUUCUACAUCCCAAUGUAUGCUUUUCAGGAAGCAUCAAUGCAGACUACUUUUACUGACUCUGUGUUACUGUACUCACAGCUUAUUCAGCUAUUGAGUGACAAUGGAUAGCAGUGGGUACUGGGAUGGUAUCAUUCAAGGAAGAAUACACCCAACUUACACCAGAGAAUUAUUAGCUGCUGUGAAUAUCAUUCCCAAAAAAAUCACAUUUGUAUUUGAUUUUCAUCUCGUCAAAAAAUGGCCAUGUCAAAUUUGUAAAUUAGAGAGAAGCAUACUGAUUCCACAUAAAAUUUGUAAAGACAGAAAUCGUAAUAAUGUAUUAUAAUAAUAGAGUAUAAAAUGACUUGCAAUUGGCAGAAAAAAUAUUUUUGUUUACCCUCUAUUUAAACUGAUACAUUGUGUAAAUAUACAGUAUUUUAACUUGAAUGUAUUUAUUUUGUAUACUAAAGGAAAUUGUGCAGAUGUAUUUUUUUAUGAAACACAAUCAACAAAAGUUAUAUAAAAAUAUAUAAUACUUAUUAUUUUGCUAAUUUAUUCAAAAGGAAUUCAGAAUAAUUAUUGUAUACUGUAAGGAACCACUGUAAUCAAUAACUUCUGUCAAACUGUAUGUAAGAAUUACAUGUAUUUAGUACUUUAUGCACAUAACCUGUUGCGCAGGUUGUACAUGUAAUUCUUGGUUACUUGCUAUGGUAACUAUGAGGUCUGGGGUUUGGCCGCUAUGUUUGUAUCUGUUUCUUAGCUACAUGUACCUCUGGUGGAAAACUUGAAGUAUUUGUCUUUGUAAUUUAAGUGUAAAAUGAAAAUAAAUAUACUGCACUUGCAGUCAUGAAUCUGUUUUUUUUUUAUAUUACAAGAAGCCUUCUUUUCUUGUUUUUGGUAUAUUUCCUUCCCACUAAGCUCUGUUGGUACUUUUGAAUUCAGUGACUGACACCUAUCUUAAGUUACAGAAAGGUUCUUUGUUUUUUCAUUGUUUGCCUGCAAUGGUUCUCAGCACAAUUACAUGAGCUACACAUGUAUUGUAACGGAAUUUCUUAAAUUUCAUCUUAGCCAGCCCUAAUGUUGCUACUUCCUAAUGUAUGAAAGACGGCACCCUGUUUUUGAAGUGUUAUUUGUUUUUUUUUUUUACCCUAUAAUGAAAAAAAGGUUAUCUUUAUUUCAAGAGGGUUGCACAUUUAUGAGAUCUUCUCCUACAUUUUGUCUCAGGAGAUCUUUGAAAAACUUUCUCAUAUGUAAAUAUUUUGCCCUCUCUGUUUUUAUCUGUGGAGACAAUGAGAUCAGUUGCAUGUAAGGUCAUUAAGAGACAUUUGUUCAAUCACCUUUAUUAGAAGGUUUUACUGAAUUUGACUGUCGGUUGUGGAAUGUGUUAUUUUCAUUGUGUACUUUUUACUGUAUUUGUUGUCAAUUUUUUAUAAAUCUCCUAAACAAAGAAUGCUGGCAUUUGCCAAAGGGCUUGGCUUUCACAAGUGAGUAUGAUAUUAGCAUUGAGUCGUAGGCAAUGAUUGGAGCAUGCAUUACAUUGUGGUAAUGUAUGUACCAUCAUUUUAGAACUUGUAUGCGUCAUCUCAUUCCAACCUUAAGAUCUCAAUCAUUAGAUGUAUUCAUGUAAAAUAUUUCCAGUGCUUUGGUAGCUCUUAGCAGCUGCCAAAGGGGUUUGUAUGGACCCAGAGGCAUAAAAUCAAUAUAUGCAAAAUCCUGUCCAUAAAACAUUAAAGAGAGAGUUUUGUUUAUCCAUAAAGGAUUAAGUACAGAAGUAACCUGUUCUGGUCCUUGUAAAAUGAAACCAGAAAUGAGAAAAUUUGAUUUAAAUUAGUGUUGCACAAUGUAGGUUCUUAUGGAUGCAGGAAACGGUAAGGUGAAAAAUUGGAGUUGACACGACAGAAAAGCAACCUAUUAACCACUCAGAUAUAGGGAUGAAUUUUCCAAUAUUUGCCACAAUAUUGUUAUAAACUGUAAUUAUUGUAACUUUUUUCCUUCAAUUUAGAUUUGCUAUGAUUGAGCUUGGUUCAGAAACAUCAUGCCAACUUGUCACAGAAAAAUUACCAAAAAUGUAAGUUAGUCUGCAGGGUGCAGAGAGUGUCAGUUUUACAGCCUGCUAUUCGGGCAAGCUGUAGCUACAACCAGUUGCAAAAGUACUUGAGACACUGUACCGUAUUUUGGCAUAAAUGGCCUGUCCAUGAUCUUGUGCUUGUGAUCCCCCCUCCACCCCUUAUCAAAGUUGCUAGCAAUACAAGACCAUACUCAAAACUUGGAGGAACAACUUUGAAUGGGAGGGAGGAGGGAGGUCAGUAUUAUAUUUUACAGACCUGUGACCAGGAGCGAUUUGAAGCAAGAAAGGUCGUUUUUCCGUGGGAGCGUCUCAUCAUUUUUGCAACUGGUUGUCUGAGUCCUUCAUACCCCUAUAGCCGUGGUGCACGAUUAUUAAACGGGGUAAAACGUGGUGCACUCUUAGCACCUAAGGAGGUGGUUAUAAAAAAAAGUAUUUCAUUUUUGUCGGUUUAUGUGUUUAAAAUGGCGAGACAAAAAAAGGCAGUUGUUGGCCCUUUUGUUUAUGUGGUAAUAUGCAAGAACUUGGGCUUUUAAAGGAAGAACGUGGCAAAAGAUGCCACACCAUCUUAAGUAAGCUGCAACGAAAGGGGUUUUUGGUCCUAAAACGCUACAGAGAUGCGAAAAAUAAUAUAUUUUCUUCGAACUCGGUUAAAAGAUGUUUAUUUAUGGAAGGAAAGUGACGUAAGAUGCCCCGCUAGAUCAUGGAGAUAGCUUUUUGUUGUUGUUUCCGAUAAGUACGUGGACGUGGUUCCUCUUUUAUCGCCUGCCAUUUACAGGAAAGAAAAGUUACGCUAAAAAGCAGCUGUUGGCGACUUUACUUUACUUAACACAAGUUUGGAUUUGUGUUUACUCUUUGGUCAUCUUACAACUUUGUUUCGAUUUUGAAGCCCGAGUGUGGCUAUAGGCAUCAGAUAAUGAAAAUUCACGUGGGUAUUUCAGUAACAUAGUCGCGAGAGCUCGCAUAUAACGUGGCUUUGUAGUUCUGUACUUGGUAAGGAAAUUUAUUUCUUUGGAAAAAGGAAGACACUAUCCCCAAGAAAAGCAAUUUUCCAGCACAGCAAUGUCAGGAAUUUACGUGCUUCAACGGUCUACACGGUCUACACGGUCUACCAUCAUAUGAGAUAAAUAUAAUAAUAUAUUCUAUUUCUUACUGUUGCAGAAUGGUAGACCGUCAGAAAAUAGAAAUUAACAUAGCACACAACUUUUUCUGCUCUCUAGCCUUAACGGACUUUAAUAACCAUCUUAUUUUCACCGUAGUAGAUGAAAAAAACUGAACGGUUUUACUUUAACAGCGAUGUUGAAAAAUAAGUCACGCGGUAUACCAAUUACAUAACGCCAUUACAUAUCAAAUGUCAUUGCGUUACAGAUACAGGGGUGAAAAGGAAGGUUUGGCAGCUUUAUUCGCCACUAUAGUAUCUCUAAAUACCAAGAAAAGGAAAAUUAUGCUUUUAUUAUGCAUUCGCGCUUCUCAGAGUUUAAUUACAACGCCGAAACUUUAAGCUAUGUCAUGGUAGAUAAUGGCGCAUGUGUUACAACAAAAGUGAGGCAAAAUUUACAAGUCACUACAUUCUUAAGCGCUUUUUUAGGCAGUUUGAUAUCAAUGACAAUGAUGUAUCGGCUGGGAAAAGCAACACAAAGUGUCAUUCUAUUUAUUUAUGUCGCUAUAGUCUUCGUUUUGGGAAUUUAAGACGUGGAAAUCGCUUGUUGAAGUAAACCUUAAAUGAGACAACCAGUUGCAAAAGUACUUGAGACACUGUACCGUAUUUUGGCAUAAAUGGCCUGUCCAUGAUCUUGUGCUUGUGAUCCCCCCUCCACCCCUUAUCAAAGUUGCUAGCAAUACAAGACCAUACUCAAAACUUGGAGGAACAACUUUGAAUGGGAGGGAGGAGGGAGGUCAGUAUUAUAUUUUACAGACCUGUGACCAGGAGCGAUUUGAAGCAAGAAAGGUCGUUUUUCCGUGGGAGUGUCUCAUCAUUUUUGCAACUGGUUGUAGCAUGUACUAGCCCACAAGUCAUUUCAACGAGCCCCAAAACCCUUUUUGAUUAGCAGAAUUGAUUACAAUCCUUCUGUAACUUGAAUUUCCCCAAAGAACAGUACUUGCCCAUUGGGCAAGUUAAGAACAAAACUCACUAGCCCGAUAGCAAAAUCCACUAGCUCCGGCUUUCAGACACAACUUUCUUUGCGAGCUGGUUUGAAAGUAAAGGUAAAAUAAGAGAAAAGUCUUAGAGAGUUCUUCUACUUUGGUUGUGUUCCACCCUUGGUGAUCUUGUGUAAGGAACACAUUUUGGGGGGAGGACAGGGGGCUGGAACUCAAGGAGGAAAGGGAGUGAGAGGGGUACUGGAGAGCAGGAAAGGAUUUCACAGGUUCAGAGCACUGGGCUCUCUUUAAUUUUUCUUAGGGCACAGUCUUAUCAAGGGUAUACACAAUGGUUUUUCUCUUACAUUUACAUGCAGCAAAGCGGGGCAGGUACCUUUUAGUGAGACCAGAGGUCUGAAAUUUGAAUGGUCAAUCCAUAGCUUUUAUCCAGAUAAUCAAAGGAUUGUAAUAAAUCAAUUAAGUAGAUUAUUGCAUAAUUAUUGACUCUUAGAAUGAAUGAGUUACGGGAAGUAACUUGGAGUUAGUUCAUAGGUUUUACUAAAAUUAUCUACAACUGUAUUUUAUUUCACACUUGUUUUUUUCCCUGUUUCCAAAGGGAGAUUCAUUCACAGUUUCCAGUAGUUACUCCAGCAACAAAACAGUUCUUACAGCAGUUUGAAGCACAGUCAAGAAAAAGUAAGGGUGUUGUCAUUUUUUUCCCAGUGAUGUUGAUUUUUACUGCUGAAGGCUAUCUAAGAAUUACUUUUCUUUCAAAACUUAGGAGAGAGAUACACACUGUUAAUUUUGAGAUGCAUAAGAACAGUAGGAAACUUUCCUUUUGGAAAAUGCCUCGUUUAAACCAGUGGUGUAUAACCUUCCUCAACACAAGUCUUCAGUAACUCAAUGUUUAGAGCUUCAUCAAACAAGUAUUUGGUUGUGGGGGGAUCCUGAAGGUGCAUCUAACUCAGUGGCUUGUCCUGGCUACCCAGGAUAAGAAACCACACUUGGUGAAAAAGAUUCUGUGGUUACAAUAAAAAAAUUUCUAAUUCAAUCUCUACAAAUAUCUUGUAUAGUGUGAAUAAAGAAUUGAAUUGAAUUGAAUUGAAGUGAAUACAAGUUUACCAAUCACAAACUAUGCCAAAUUUUCCUUGAACAAUACCAGUAGACUGACAUA